AUGAUCUUUGGUACACUUCCAGGCAUCGUCUACCCCUUUCUCUUCAACUACCUCAACAUGGAAGGCACACAAGUCGUAUCUGCCACCGUGUUAAUCAACAUGCCAUGGUCGGUUAAGCUCUUCUUCGGUAUGCUAUCAGACUGCCUUCCAAUUAAGGGCUACAGACGUCGUCCGUUCAUGGUUAUCGGAUGGAGUAUCUGUUUCCUGACAUUGGUGGCUAUGGCUUGCAUGGACGCUGGCGCCCCGUACUACCCGAACAACAAGUACGCGACAAUGGAAAAGGAAGAGUUGACUCCUGAGCUUAUCGCAACAUUCAACGAGUCAGCGCACCAUGUAGGCGGUAAAUUCGUCGCGAUGAUGAUGAUAGCAGCGGUGGGUUACGUUGGUGCCGAUGUUGCUGCCGAUGCUAUGAUGGUAGAAGUAGCUCAACGCGAACCGGAAGCUAGACGCGGGUAUUGCCAGACGACGAUCUACAUGGUUCGUACCGCUUUCGUGACCAUCUCCAGUAUCCUCACAGGCUUGGCCUUCAACGGGAAGCACUACGGUGGUGACUUUGACUUUUGUCUAAGUUUUCCACAGCUGAUGGCUAUCCUCAGUGUGUGUUGCUUCCCCGUUAUACCGCUAUCGUGGUACUGCAUCAAGGAAGACCGUCACCCCGGUGUCAUAUUUCGCGACUAUUUGGCUGAACUCUGGUACCUGAUUCAACUGCGACCCAUGUACCAAGUCGUUGCGUAUAAGUUUUUCGCUGGUAUUUUCGAGAACUUCACAAUCACAUGCGCAGACCCAAUACAGUCGUACUGGGUCGAGGCCACUCCUUUCAACCAGAAAAUCAUGGCUGUCAUGGGCAACGGUAUGUUUGCUCUCGCACUCUAUUACACUGGCAAAUACGGUCUUCACUGGAACUGGCGGACAAUGCACGCAGUCACUAUUAUCAUCGCUACGGUCAUGGAUUUUACGGUCACAAUGCUCACAACAUGGAACGUUGUACGCAACCAGUGGUUCUGGCUUGGUGUCCCAGUGGCCGAGGCUCUACCUAACGGAAUCGCGUUUGUGAUCGCGACUUUUGUGAUGGUAGAGCUGGCGGGUGAGGGCAACGAAGGAGCCGUCUACGGCCUCGUGGGCUCCAUUUCCAACAUCGCUAUUCCUCUGGCUAGUACGUUUACGAAGAACGUAGGCAGCAAUUUCGAUGUGACCAACGCUGACAUUGUCGAGGACUCGAGACAUGUUCGUUGGGAGGUGACGUACGUCCUUAUCAUUCGCUACUCAAUGAACCUCGCUGGGUUGUUGUUCCUGCCGCUAUUGCCGCGUCAGAAGGCGGAGACGCAACAACUCAAGCUCAACGGCGGAAACAGUCGAAUUUUAGGAAUGGUAACUCUCGGCUAUUUCGCAGUUGCAUUAUGCUGGGCCGUCGUGGUGAACAUUAUAAGCAUCUAUCCAUCCACGGCGUGCCUGCGCCUCGCAGGAGGACCGGGCUGCGGUGGUAGCAAUGAAAGGCAUUAA